AUGCUGGUUGUUCCAACUAUUGAGAAAGUUGUUACAACUAUUAUGAAAGUUGCUUCGUCAACUGGGAAUGUUGUUCCGACACCAGGGGAUGUUGUUCCAAGAACGGGGAAAAUUGUUCUAAAGACGAGAAAAGUUGUUCCAAAGUCAGGGAAAGUUGUUCCAGAGUCAGGGAAUGUUGUUCCAAAGACAAAAAAAUUUAACCAGCGGGACUCAACCGGCCGGGACUCAACUGGCUAG